CCCCUGCCUCGGCCAGCGGCGCAUGCGCGGCCGGGGGGCGGGCCUUCCGGUUCCGGCGCGUGCGCGGGCCCGGGAAGACGGGGCGGCCGCCAUGAAGCUCGUGAGGUUCCUGAUGAAGCUGAGCCACGAGACCGUGACGGUGGAGCUGAAGAACGGCACCCAGGUCCACGGGACCGUCACCGGAGUGGACGUCAGCAUGAACACGCACCUCAAAGCCGUGAAAGUGACGCUCAAAAACCGGGAACCGGAACAGCUGGAGACCCUGAGCAUCCGAGGCAAUAAUAUCCGCUAUUUAAUUCUGCCGGACAGCUUGCCCCUGGACACCCUGCUGGUGGACGUCGAGCCGAAAGCUAAAUUGAAGAAGAAGGAAGCGGUUGCAGGAAGAGGCCGGGGCCGGGGUCGAGGCCGGGGCAGAGGCCGAGCCCGGGGCAGAGGAAGAGGAGGUCCCCGGCGCUAACUUCCCCGGAGAAGAACACCGUUACAGCGUCCGGGCAGCUGGGGUUGUUUUUGUACAGGUUUCAUUUCUGACUUCAAUUUCUAAUAAAUGCCAAACUGGGAAAA